UGCUCUUCUCUUUCUUCAUACCACGAACAACGGGUUAAUUCCCUAUGCAGUUUUUUCAGAUGGCGUUCAUCGGACUGAUGUCUAUGACUGUUUAAAAUUACGAUCACAUGACCGCGUCAUUGGCGAUCCAAUCGACGCGUGUGAAGGCGAAUUUUUAAACCAAUACAAGUCUCGAGCAGAAAACGGAAUAUUCAGUUAUGUUUUAAAAAUUUACGAUAGACAAUUUCCGGUCCAAGCAACGACGCCGUUCAUUCAUUUCGACAAUCGAUUUUUCUAACGGCGGUGAUGAAGAAAUCGAUUAAAAAUCGCCAUCUUCAACAUCGAUGUCGGCAAGAAGGAGGCGACUUUUUUACGGAAUACGUUCGACUAAAAUCGUUACUUUUGUUUUAACUCAGGUUAGGUUACUAAGAAGUCUGGUUACGUCACUGACAGCCGAUGACGUCGAUGGGAAAGGAGUGUUAUUGGCCAGGGGGCAUCAUCAUUUUUAACCGUGACGUCAUCGAGAGAUAGGGAUUGAAAGAGUUUGUUUGAUGAUCGCAACCUCCGACGUCUCGUCCGUCCGGAAUUAUCCGGCACGUUUCGCAUCCUCGUAGUCUUUAUCAAGCUCACAGAUAAGAUUAAGAAUCUCCUCCCAAAAUGACUGAUGAUCCAAAGAAGGAAGACAGCUCAAAUGAUAUUACCAAUGUUUUUGGUAAAAAUGGAAAGUGGCAGAAGAUAACAUUCCUCAUCAGCUCAGUAAUUAGUAUUUUUUCUGCCUGGAACAAUCUGGUGGUGGCCUUCUUCGCUCCUAAUAUCAACUACUGGUGCGCGGAUCAUCCUAAUGGCACCGAAGAGACCAACCGGACAUCGCCCGGAGAACACCAGUGUGAAUUUAUGGGACCGGAUAACAAGAGUAAGAUACCGUGCACAGAAAUGGAAUAUGACCACAGCUUCUACCGUUCGACAAUUAUCGAAGAAUGGGAUUUAGUAUGUGAAAAUGAAUGGUUAAUAUCUGUUAGUCAGUCUGUAUACAUGGCUGGUUAUAUGACUUCUAUGCUGGUGUUUGGCCAGUUAUCUGACAGAUUUGGAAGACGACCAAUUUUUUUCACUGCUCUUGGAAUUUUAUUAGUUUCAAAUGUAGCUUGUCUUUUUGCUAAUCAUUUUAUUGUUUUUACUAUACUUCGUUUCUUUAUAUCUCUCGGAGUUUCCGGAGCCGGUGCUACAAGUUUUGUGAUUUUGAUGGAAACGGUGGGUCCCGAAUUUCGUUCAGCCUAUGGACUCGGAUAUAAUUUCGGUUGGGCGCUGGGCUACAUUCUGCUUCCAGGCAUCGCUUGGUGGUUGAGAGACUGGUUCUACAUUCAGAUGGCCAUCACCAUCCCUUGUUUUGUACUAGUUGCAUCUUGGUGGUUCAUCUCCGAAUCUCCCCGUUGGCUGCUAACCAAUAACCGUUUCGACAAAGCGGAGAAAGUCGUCACGACAGCGGCCAAGAAAAAUAAUAAAAACCUCAUGGAAGCCAAAAAUGCAUUCAAGCAAAUAAGGAACAACUUAGAAAAAGCUGAAGCACCAAAGAAAACACAAGCAACAAUUUUUAGUUUGUUAAGAACUCCCAAUAUGAGGAAGAAAACACUCAAUUUAUAUUUUUGUUGGUUUGUAAAUUCGUUUAUAUAUUUUGGUUUAUCUCUAAACACAAACGAUCUUGGAGGCAAUCCCUUCAUCAAUUUUUUUAUUGCUGGUGCAAUUGAGUUUCCUGCCUAUGUGGUUUCUAUUUUUGUCAUUCGGAUAUUUGGUAGAAGAAUUCCGCAGAUGGCCACAAUGGUAAUAGGUGGAAUGGCUUGUGUAUUGACCAUUCCAAUUGGUGAUGAUCUUCUGUGGCUGAAAAUAAGCUUGGCAAUGAUUGGAAAAUUUUGCAUAACUGCAUCUUUUGGUAUAGUGUAUGUUUUUUCUGCCGAAAUAUAUCCCACGGUUGUCAGAAAUGUUGGAGUAGGCUCUAGUUCAACUUGUGCCAGAAUAGGUUCUAUGGUUGCACCUUUCGUUAAAGAAUUAGGGAAAGCUACAAAACCAGAAGUUCCAUACGCAGUUUAUGGUGGACUGUCGGUAGUAAGUGGUUUACUUGUCCUGCUUUUGCCGGAAACUCACCAAUGUAGCUUGCCUGACACUAUUCAAGAAGGUGAACAAUUUGGAACGAAAGCUUAUAAUCCUAUAAAAGGCAUAAAUACAGAAAUAUCCAUGGUUGAGAAAGAAGUUUUAGAUCAAAAUGAUAAAACUCGACUAUGACAAUUUAUUGUCCAAAAUAGGAAACUUCGAAUUCGAGUCUGUCAUAUUCAGUAUUUCAGAUAAGGUUUUAAAUUCCAAAUAAAAAUGUUCAAUAGCAUGAACAUAUUCCAUGAUAAAUUCCAUAUAUUAUAAUAUAGACCAUUUUAAUGUAAUGCAUUUACUACUAACAAGUGAAUAAAUGAUAUCAGAUUUGGUAUAA